AUGUUGCACUCCAACAUCACAGUCUUCAUGCCUUCUGUCUUGACGCUAACUGGAAUCCCAGGCCUAGAGUCUGUGCAGUGCUGGAUCGGAAUCCCUUUCUGUGCCAUGUACCUUAUCGCUAUGAUAGGAAAUGCUUUGCUUCUGCUUAUCAUCAGGUCAGAGCGCAGUCUCCACCAGCCCAUGUACAUUUUCCUAGCCAUGCUAGGUGCCACAGACAUUGUGCUUGCUACCAGCAUUAUGCCCAAGAUGCUUGGAGUCUUCUGGUUUCAUUUGCCAGACAUCAAUUUUGAUUGCUGCCUGUUUCAAAUGUGGCUCAUCCACACCUUUCAGUGCACAGAGUCCGGCAUCCUACUCGCCAUGGCCUUUGACCGUUAUGUGGCGAUCUGUUAUCCACUGAGAUACGCCACCAUUUUCACACACCAGCUGGUCACCCAAAUAGGAGCUUCUGUAAUCCUACGGGCUGCCAUUCUUGUAACCCCAUCCCUAGUACUGAUAAAGUGUGGGUUCCAAUUUUAUCACACAACAGUCAUCUCCCACUCCUACUGUGAGCAUAUGGCCAUUGUGAAACUAGCUGCAGGAAAUGUCAGGGUCAACAAAAUCUAUGGUUUGUUUGUGGCCUUCACUGUUGCAGGGUUUGACCUCAUAUUUACCACCUUGUCUUACAUUUUGAUAUUCAUCACAGUUUUUAAUUUGCCCCAGAAGGAGGCGAGGUUGAAGGCUUUGAAGACCUGCAUUGCUCACAUCUGUGUCUUCCUCCAGUUCUACCUCCUGACAUUCUUCUCCUCCUUCACACACAGAUUUGGCUCUCACAUCCCCCCAUUGAUCCAUAUCCUCUUUUCUAGCUUUUACUUGCUGGUUCCUCCAUUCCUCAACCCACUUGUCUAUGGUGUAAAGACCAAGCAGAUCCGUAUUAAUGUAGUAAGAAGGUGCUGCUCAUUUUACACUGCCGUUUCCUCAUUGUGCAGCAUAACCAUCUUUCAAAACAAAACAAGAACAACAGCCCACAUUAUUUGA